AUGGCGAGCAAGGUACCUUAUGUCCCGCAGGAUGUGCAAGAAGUUCAGACUUUGCUUCGCAACCUCGAAGAAAGCACAAAGAAAAGCUCGAAGACAGGGAAAAAGACCUUCAGCUGCAAAAAGUCUGAUUUUAACGUAGUUGGAUCUCCAGAGAAACUUGUCGUCUCGUCAUGGAGGUUUCAAGAUUGGGACUACAAGCGUGACGACCUCCCAACCUACGCAAGAGGCCUUUUCACUGCGAAGAACGAGAAGGGCCAGCCCGAAAUUGUUGUCCGAGGAUACGACAAGUUCUUUAAUGAGGGGGAGGUCAAUGCUACCAAGUGGAGAAAUAUCGAGAGCAACACCAAAGGCCCAUACGAACUGGGUCUUAAGGAAAACGGCUGCAUCAUAUUUAUCAGCGGACUCCACGAUGGCACUUUGCUUGUUUGUAGUAAGCACUCAACUGGCCCAAGGGAUGAUGCCGACCUUAGCCACGCCGUGGCCGGAGAGAAAUGGGUCGACAGACAGCUGAAGGCAGUCGGCAAGACCCGUCAAGAUUUGGCAAGAGAGUUGAGAAGUAGGAAUGCCACUGCUGUCGCCGAGCUCUGCGACGAUGACUUCGAAGAGCAUAUUCUAGAGUACGGAAAGGAGAAAGCGGGGCUAUACCUUCAUGGCAUCAACAUCAAUAUCCCAGAGUUCAUGACGUACUCUGGCCCUCAGGUUCAAGCUUUCGCCGCCGAAUGGGGCUUUCGAAAGACAGACUUCUUGGUCAUCGACGACGUCCAAGCAAUGAAGACCUUCCUCGAGGGAGUUGCUGAGACUGGCUCAUACAAUGGUCGAGAUAUUGAAGGUUUUGUCAUACGAUGCAAAUCUCGCAUGAGUCCUUCGGGCUCCUACUCGGACUGGUUCUUCAAGUAUAAGUUCGAGGAGCCUUAUCUGAUGUACCGACAGUGGCGUGAAUGUACGAAGGCACUGAUUGCAGGAAAACCACCAAGAUACAAGAAGCAUGUUAAGAUUACCGAAGAAUACUUGCUUUAUGCACGCAGAAGGCUUGCUGAGAGUUCCGCUCUAGGAAAGCAGUACCAACAGAAUCAUGGCAUCAUCAAACUGCGCGACGACUUCCUCAAGGAAAAGAACAUGAAGGGGUCAGAUAUCAUUCGUUUAGAAUACGCCACAUUAGGAGGUGCGCCUGAAGAUACCACUAAGGAUAUCAUUCUGGUUCCUAUUGCCACUCUCGGAUGCGGCAAGACAACUGUCGCUGUCGCUCUUCAGCAUCUUUUUGGUUGGGGCCAUGUGCAGAAUGAUAACAUCGUGGGCAAAAAUCGACCGCCUCGGUUUACUAAGGAGGUUUUGACGCAGCUUGAGGAGAAGCCAGUCGUUUUUGCGGAUCGAAAUAAUGCUCAAAGGCACGAACGACAGCAGAUCCUUGAUGACGUUCAUUUAACCCAUCCUCAUGUUCGACUGGUCGCUUUGAACUAUGUACAUUCCCCGGAAGCCCUGAACAAAAUCAAACAAGUCACACAGAAUCGUGUAUUCUCGCGCGGGGACAAUCACCAAACAAUCCAGGCAGCAUCGGAUCAGAAGAAGGUUAUUGGAAUUAUGGAAGGUUUCAUCCGCCGAUUCGAGGCUGUAAAUCCUCAUGCACCGCCGGAUGACGGAUUUGACGCGGUCAUCGACCUAGACCCUACCGUCGACUCCCGCGAAAACUUAGAGACUGUUGUAGGUCAACUGAGCAACCUUUAUCCAAAGCUCUUCACAGACAUGCCUACUAGCGAAGACCUGGACGAGGCUAUAAAAUUCGCUCUGAGCGAGUAUAAACCAGACAUCAAACAUGAAAUCGGAGGACGUGGACCAAAGAACCCUGGACCAAAAAGUCAGAAAAGCCAAAACAUACAAGUGCCAGUCAUGAAGAAGAAACGCCCUUUGGAGUACGUUUCCGUUAAUCUGCCCAAGAAUGAAAUUCUCAACAUCCUCGAAACCGCAUUUGCGUCUGUCUCCUCUAGUAAAGCCAAGUUCUUCAGACAGCUGAAGGAAACCAACCGCGUUCAGCCGGAAUUCCACGUCACGCUCAUACAUCGUGCAUCGGCAGCAGCACAUCCAGAGCUUUGGCAGAGAUACUCCGAGCUCCAUGCAGAGGCAGACAGUGAGAAUAAGCUAGGCGACUGCAAAGUUAUGCUUGAGACAGUUGUAUGGGACAAUCGCAUCAUGGCAAUUGUUGCCCGACUUGUGGAUGGGGGCUGGGAUUGCGUCAACGAGGUUGCACACGUCACUGUGGGAACAAGGUCUCCCGAGGUCAAGCCAAAGGAGAGUAACGAUCUGCUCAAGAGAUGGUUGGUAGAGGGAAGUGGUGAUUCAAGUGGUAUUGGAGAGGUAGCUAUCGAGGACCGGCUUGUUAUCGAUGGCAUUGUGAAGGGUACCUUGUCAAGGUGA